GUCUCCCGAGAUGAAGUCGUGGGCGAUGGGAGCCCGGCUGCCGCUGCUGCCGCGGCUGCUGCUGGUUCUCGGAGCGGCCGAGUGGGCGCUCGGGGCUCAGCGCCGCUACACCCCGGACUGGCCGAGUCUGGACUCCCGGCCCCUGCCGGGCUGGUUCGACCAGGCCAAGUUCGGGGUGUUCGUGCACUGGGGCGUGUUCUCGGUGCCGGCCUGGGGCAGCGAGUGGUUCUGGUGGCACUGGAAGGGCGAGGGGUCGCCGCAGUACCAGCGCUUCAUGAGCGACAACUACCCGCCCGGCUUCAGCUACGCCGACUUCGGGCCGCUGUUCACGGCGCGCUUCUUCGACCCGGAGGGCUGGGCCGACCUCUUCCAGGCCGCCGGGGCCAAGCUGACAAGAAAAUCGGGACUCCAGGAUUGUAAGCCCGCGGCAUGGAGUCUGGUCCUAGUUCAACUGUGAACUUGACCAAGGCAUUUCACCUCCCUGCAGCCUCCAAAGUGCAUGCCUAUGGAAAGGGAUUGUAUUGGUUCCUUUCAGCUUUACUAUCUCCGGGAGGGGAAGGGAGGGGCGUUCUGGUGUGCACUGUGUUUGGGCAACAGUACAGAUUCUCAUUCAUCUGCUCUCCUCGGUGCUUUGCACAUUAAAAUGCUCAAGAAGUG